AACCUUCAGACUCCUUCUAGAUUUCAAAUAAUCAUCUGAAAGUACUUUCUUUCACAAGAAUUUGAAGGACUAAAAAUGGCAGGUUUAAAGUUCAAUUUGGCGGUGAUGAUGGCGCUCAUGCUUGCAUCGGUGCAGUUUCAUGACACGACGGCUCAGACAACCCAUGUGGUUGGCGACGCCUUGGGCUGGAAUAUUCCUCCCAACGGACCUUCUGCUUACACUACCUGGGCGUCAACUCAGACCUUCAGUGUCGGCGAUGUUCUUCUCUUUAACUUCACCACCGGAUUCCAUAACGUCGCUGAAGUGUCUCAGGUAGCCUACGGCCCAUGCACCACCACCAACCCCAUCUCCAUCGCCACCACCGGCCCCGCUAGAGUCACCUUGAAUGCACCUGGUACACACUAUUACGUCUGCACCGUUGGCACUCAUUGCCAAAUUGGUCAGAAGCUAACCAUCAACGUUUCCGACGCGUCUGCCACCCCUGCUCCAACACCAACGCCGGCAAACGUCAUUCCCACACCGGCUUCUCCACCAACCGCCACCCCUGCUCCCUCCACUACAACCCCACCACCAACCUCCUCCCCUGCCCCUUCUUCCGACGAAGCCAGCCCAAUAUCACCACCCACCUCCGGCCAAUCUCCCACCGAUAGCACCACUAUACCACCACCAUCACCUAGUUUUGCUCCAUCUUUCACCGCCGUGGUACCCUUCACUUUCUUGGCGAUCGCUUUAGCUUUCUUUUACUAG